AUGUCUGUUGCAACUCAGAAUGAAAGAGAAUUUGCUUCUAAGUUCUUACAACUCCUUGGUUUAUCAGCAGACUCUAAGUCUGAUCAAUUUUAUUCGACAGCAGAUUAUCAUAAGUUGUCCUCUUUAGGUCCAACUUUACCUAAAGUUCAAGUUGCUUUACCAAAAGGCGAAUCAUCUCAAGCUAAUACAACCGAAAAUACCGCUGAAGUAUCUUUGAAGUCUAUUAAACCUCCAUUCAAGUUUUCUACACAAUUGACAAAUGUACCUGUUUCUCACACAGUUUAUAAGGUCAAAUCUGAUUUGAUUGACUCAUUGCCGUUAUUAAAAGAUGCUAAUAUAAAGCCUACUCAUUUGAAGUUAUUAGUAAAGGGUAAGGUCAUCCCAGACACAUCAUCGUUGACUUCUUUAGUUAAUGAAGAUAAAACUAUAUCGUUCAUGUGUAUGGUAAGUCAGCCAACAACCGAAUCAGAUGUUACGGCAGAUCCUACAGAUGACAAGAUUGAUGAAGUUACGCCAUCCAGUGUUAAAUCUGACACAUUAAUCGUAUCAGAAAGCACCUGGUCUAAGAUAUAUGGGGUUUUGAUAGAAGACCUUGGCAGCGAAGAACUGGCAAACCAAGCUUUAACGAAAUUGAAAAGCGGAUUUAAUUGA